CCUACUAGUCGUCGGAGAGCCGAGAGAAGUGCGUAUCGACCGGUCGCAUCCUGCGGAGAACCCGAGUCUAUUCUCGUCCGUACGUCGGGCAUAUUUGCAUCGUUCACGUGAUAGAGCGCGUUCCCCGAGGAGGAAGCCGAGAAACCGUAGCUGAAAAGAAUCGACGAGUUCUACCGAGAAGUCGCGGUGAGCAUCAGCUGACAUUUUUCUGGCCCUCGGCUGCUUGAACGCCUACAUCGAUAGCGCACGCCGAUCGGAGUCUCCGUCGAAGAGGAGUAGGACUGCGCGGGAGAAAGAGAAAUCGAGAUAGAAAAGAGAAAAGUAUAUGAAGGGCGAUCUGAGCAACAGUGACCUCGGCUCAAAUUCUAAGCGCAUCUCGCAGAGCAGAAACGCGAGGUUGGUGAAAUCGGAGCGAGGUGGCCGCUAUUACUAUGUAAAUUUUCAGCGGGCGUAUUUGUUUGCGCGCGCGCGCACUGUCGCCAACGAGCAACGACAUUAAGCAGCUACGGCAGCAGCAACAUCGUCGUCGAUAGUAUCGGGAGGCACGGGCACGAGCGAGAGGGAAUCGCACGGCACGCCGCAAAGUAGAGACCCGGUCUUUUCUCUGACAAAUUCCAAGGAAGCCCGCAAACUGGCUCCGGAAGUGAGGAUAAAGCAAAUUGGAAUGAGGGAGGACCUGCUAUCUAUAAUACGGCACACGAGCAGCGACCACUUCUCGGAAGAGCUUUAGCCGGGAGCUUGACCCAGGAAGUAGAGACGCGGCGAGCCGAGCCCAGGCUUGGAGGCGACAAUUCGCGGCUGAUCCGCGCGAUAGAGUAGAGGCGGCUCUCGCUCUCGUUGGCGGGUUUCUUUUUAUUUGGAGCGGCUGCGGCUCCACGUAAAUCGGGCUUCCUAUUUGCUCCGAUGGUCCUCGGUAUUAUUUUCAAAUCGAUCAUAAUUUCGUUGUUGUCGUCGUCGAAAGAAGAGGAAAGGGAGAGCCGAAUACCCGGAAGACCGAUUGUUCUACGUAAUACGGGUUUCUCGGUUAUGCCCUGGGUCGCCGCAUGUUUCGAUCUGCUGGCGGCUCCCUUACUGGGUUACUGUCUCACGAUCAGGAAACUGGCCCUGCAAGCCGGUCUUCUGCAGGAGAAAAAAAGCGAUCUCGCCGUGAGGCAGACGCCUAACACGGAGAUACCCUUGAACGCUGACACCACCAUCACCACCAACACCAUCAUGGCCCCCAACGCGGAAGAGCGUCAAGAUCCCGGCAAAGAGAAGGUCGCAGGGAGAAUCUCAGGACCAGCGAAGUCAUCGCGCAAAUUUGUGGGAGUUGUCGUAGCCAUUUGCGGUUUACCGGCUCGCGGAAAAAGCCAAAUCGGGCAGAGCCUUGCUCGCAGACUCAUUUGGAAUGGUGUAACCACAAAAGUAUUCCGCGUGAGUGAUUACCGUAGGAAACGAUUCGAACCCCAUAUAUCACACGAAUAUUUCCGGCCGGAUAAUGCGGCAAACAAUGCGUUAAUUGCUCUCGCUCAGAGAGAUGCCAUGCAGGAUUGCGCGGCAUGGCUUACAUCUGGAAAUACCGUAGCGAUCCUGGACGCUAUGCUGAUUACACGAGCGCAACGCGCGGAGGUCUACGAUUACUUCUCAGGCCAGCUCGGUUACCGCGUUCUCUUCAUCGAAUGUGUCUGCGACGACGCCGAAGUCCUCGAGUACAACCAACAAGAAAUCGUGAGACAUUGCGCUGACUACGCGGGAGUGGACGCCGCUCUGGCCGCGGAGGAUCUGCGUUCAAAAAUUGCUUUUUACGCUGGGUUAUAUGAACCUAUGAAUGACAGAACUUAUCCCAGGAUCAAGAUCGACACCGGUACUAUGGAUAUCGAGACUUGUAAAGUGUCCGGUCAUAUUGAAACCAACGUGCUUGGAUACCUCGGAGACAUCUCCCUCAAACCCCACACUCUUUACUUCUCGAGACACGGCGAAAGCGAGUACAACGUGGUCGGUAAAAUCGGCGGCGACACGGUAUUAAGCGCCAGAGGUGAACGUUACGCUCAAGCGUUGUCAAACAAGUUCAAUGCCAUGCAUAUUCCCGAUCUUCGGGUUCUCACCAGCCGCCUUCGCAGAACGAUCGCAACGGCGCGCGGUAUCGAAGCCCCUCAAGAGCACGUGGCCGCUUUGAAUGAACUUCACGCGGGGGUGUGCGAGGGCCUCUCUUACGAAGAGAUGCAGGAGCAAUAUCCGCAGGAGUUCGCUUGGCGCGAUCAGGACAAGUUGCGUUAUCGUUAUCCGUGGGGCGAGAGUUACAUCGACGCAAUGCAACGCGUCGAGCCGGUAAUUGCCGAGCUGCAACGCUCCAACAACGUUCUCGUGGUGUCACAUCAGGCGAUAUUGCGCUGCAUCAUCGGAUUCUUCCUCGAUAAGAAGCCCGAGGAGCUGCCCUACAUGGACGUGCCGCUGCACACGAUAAUCUGCAUCACCAGCCAGGGUUACAAUUACAAGCUCGAGUUCUUCAAGCUGCCGAUCGAGUGCGUGAACACGACUCGCGUCAAGCCGAAGAACUGCAGCGGCGACCGUACAGCUGCCGACGCUCUGCUCACCGUUCCAGCGCACUUCGAUAUACCGGACCCCUGGAGAAACCCCGGCAACGGGCCUACUCUCGUGCAGCAGCACUAAGAGAACCGCGAGCGACCCGUUUCGAAAGUGACGUAAAUCAAAUUUUGAAACACGACGCGAGUUUGAGCCCUGAAGAGAACAGUAGUACAAAUCGAUCGAUACAUGAUUUUAUGUAUGGGGUAUCAGAGAAUUUUACAAUCGGUUGAAGGAAAUAAAAUAAAAAAGGUAAUAUAUUAUCAAUUUAUAUAAAUAAAUCUUAUUUAUAAUAUAUUUUUUGAGAUUAAGGAUUGAUAAGAUCUUCAAGAGUUGAUUUACGUCACAAUUGAAACAAGGCAUUCUUCUUCGCUUAAUUACCCUAAUAAUUAGCUGUAUACUCGCGGCGCUAUAAAAGAUUAUUUACUUGUUUGUAAUUCUGGAAUUUACUAUUAUUAUGAAGGAAAAUUAGACCACUGUCGUCAUUGAUGUUCGUAAUGGCAACUACAUGAGACGAUUUUGUUCAUCUUCACGCGUAGUAUCUCGCAAAGGCACGAUGCGUUUUGACUUAAUUUUACUUACAUCAAAGUGCGAAUGCAAAAGUCUGUACUGAUUUCAAGAGUUCUUUUAUGUAAUAGAGAAACUCGCAGAUUUUAUGGCAUAAAUGUCUUUGAUACUUAGUCGACAAUAUUAUGUGUACGCCCGGACCGACGUUGACAAUAGGUCUAUGAUAUCCCGGUAGGAUAAUAUACCCCUUUUUGAUAGCUAGCAAUUGGAAGCCCAUGACUCGAGCCCUCUACGUAUCGCGGGACUCAUAGUUUUGUCGAUAGUUUAUAGCAUUAUUCGAACCAUAGUACGCUCAUGGUAGCUCAUAGAUUGAGACAUAUUACCUGUUGUGCUAAACAUACGCACAGAUUUGUAUAUAGAACGAAAUGGGGAGUUGAUGUUGAAAACUGUUUGUGAUAGAGAAAUAGUAGCGCGUAGAUACUGUCACCGUGGUUGACGCGCAUAUAAAUUACCGUAUCUUUUCGUAUCUCAGCAUUUUUAAAAUUUCUUUUUCUCUCAAAAUAUAUUACGAAACUUUUAUUCCGUGGUGUGAUCAUUUUUAUCAAAUUGAACAAUCUUUUUUAUCGUCACGUUUUAUCGCUUGAGUGUCAUCGAAUUAACGAUUAUAUCGAAAGACGUAAAAAGUAAUAGACACGUUCGGAUAUAUGCGCAUCGACAAAUAUAAUUUGCAUAUAUCGAUUGAUUUUGAGCCUUAAUUAUCCGGCCUUUUACAUGAUACGAUCAAAACAGUAAAAAAUUUAUCUGGGUACUCUAAGAACUUAUAUUUUUAUAAACGAUAGAGAUAUUAGAUGUAAUUAUAUUUACUUUCUUUAUAGCGACUAAUUCGUUUUGUAUUUUGACCAGCAAUGCAGUAUGUUUAUAAUUAUUCAUAAUUUCUAAUAAUCUAUAAAUAUUCAAUAUAUUAUUUUAUAUAUAAACAAAUAUACAGAUAUUUAAUUAUAGAUGAACUCUUUGCAACGAAAUGAAUGAUCGAAAAAGAAUCUUAACACCGAAAUCACUUAUCAUCACUGUCGGAGACAUAAACUAGUUUAUUAGCUAAAACUGUUAUGAAUUAUGGCUAUCUUCAAACAAUGAGAAAGAGAGCUUAUUAUCUUUUGCGAAACUUUAUAAACUUUUUGCGAGAUGAUUAUUGCGAUUAUUGUAUACAAUGAUUCAAACGUGUUGAUAGAGAAUUUUAUCCUUACUACUAAAUCUUUUUAUCGAAACGAAUUCUUCUGUUGCAUAUACAUUUGUAAAUUACGUCUAUUUAAAUUCGGUAUAUUAUUUUACAGACUUGUUAAAAUGACUUGUUAUUUUUAGCAUAUAUUUAUAAAUGCAAUAUAAUAUACGCAGGAAAGCGGACAUGCAUUUUGGAUGAUUUAAAUCAAGGGUUGUAUUAAAUUCGUGAAGUAGAAUUCAAAGUCCUGCUGUGAGUUUGCUAUAAUUUCCUACGUAACUAAAACGUUACUCCGGCUAAACAAGGGAAACUUCGCGAACUAACGUACACAAAUUAAUCCUUAAAGGUCGUUGAUCCAUUGAUAUUUUAUCGUUGUAUUUUAGGAUAGUUUAUUGCAUAAACACGCAUAAUAUUUGUUUAGACGUGAACACGAAGUUCUUCAGGAUUCAACGCGAUGCUAAGCUACGAAUCUGACAUUCGCGCUUCCGAGGAUUAGUUCGAUAAUUUGCUUGCUUUAGGGAAAACAAUUUACGUGUGCUAUGUAUAUCUUCCUUUUUUUGGCUGCGUUCGGAAACGUCACCCGGGUAUACUCCCUUCUCCUUCUAACUCGCUGAGAUAGAAAGAGAAGGGAGUAUACUUGUGUGCACUCGGGUGACGUUUUCGACCGCAGCCUUUGAAUAACAAGUCGAUCUAGUCGAUCUUCCGAUGUUUCGACUACUACACAUUUUGUGACUCUAUACACGCUUGAACGCCGCGAGAGGUAAAUUAUAAUUUGUAAUAUGUAUAUGGUUAAGAUGUAUUUUAUUCAUAGUUUGAAAACUUUAGAAUUUUUUAUUUGUACACUCUGAAUAAACUUUUUUUUACAAAA